AGCAAGAUGAGGCUGUUGGUCGUCUGCUUCGCUCUGUCCGCGCUCCGUGCGCGUUCCGGGUUGAAUGCCCCAUCACGUCAGGACCCCCCGGCCCCCCCUCCGUCCGCGGCGGCGUCAGUGCAGGAAACCGCAGCAGUGCAUCCGUUCACCGACGAGACCGACCGCGGUCGAGGCGCCACCGGUCAAAAUGGUGAGCAGAGAACGACACAGAACCGGCACUGCUUCUGUGGACGUCUGGGUGCAUGAUGCGUCGUACAGAUCGCCCUUUUCUCCGUCGUACGCAGUCCGACUCCGACAAGAAGGCCAAGCCAGAGCAGGAUUAUGACGAGGUCUGCUGCGAUGAUUGUGUGUAUUACGCCCGAGUCAGUUUAUGCGAAUUGUACUGCGAUGAUGACUUUUGCUGAUGACGAG